CACUCGGGGAAAGCAAACCAACAAACCAGUCCAUCUGAGCUGUGAAAUGCAAUCGAUAUUCCGCCAGAACGGGAAGGAAACGCCGGAGCCGGUGAAAGCUGAAGUGAAAGGCCGUGUGCCGUCAUGGCUGCAGGGCACGCUGCUCCGGAACGGGCCCGGUCUAUUUUCCGUGGGCGACACGGAGUACAACCAUUGGUUUGAUGGAAUGUCACUCAUCCACAGCUUCACCUUCAAGGACGGUGAGGUGUUCUACAGAAGUCAGUUCUUAAAGAGCCACACGUACAAGAAAAACAUCAAGGCCGACCGGAUUGUCGUCUCCGAGUUUGGCACCAUGAUCUAUCCUGACCCCUGCAAAAACAUCUUCUCCCGAGCAUUAACUCAUCUCUGCAACAUCUUCCCCAACUUCACCGACAACAACCUGAUAAACAUCAUCCGCUACGGCCAGGACUACUACGCUUCUUCGGAAAUCAACUACAUGAACCAGAUCGACCCUUUGACCUUGGAAACCGUCGGCAGGAUCAACUACAGGAACCAUAUCGCCAUCAACUUGGCCACGGCGCACCCCCACUACGACGACGACGGCAACACGUACAACAUGGGCACGGCCAUCGUGGGGCUCGGCCCCCCCAAGUAUGUGGUCUUCAAAGUCCCGGCUGAUGCUUCAGAUCCCCAGCAGAAGACGCCAGCCCUUCAGAAGGUCCAACAGAUUGCCUCGCUUCCUUUUCGCUCCACGCUGUUCCCGAGCUACUUCCACAGCUUUGGCAUGACCGAGAACUUCAUCGUGUUCGUGGAGCAACCCUUCAAACUGGACGUGGUCAAACUGGCCACUGCCUACCUCCGGGGCGUGAACUGGGGGAGCUGUCUGAAGUUUGACAAGGAUGACAAGACCUGGUUUCACCUGAUCCAUCGCAAGACCGGGAAAAGAGUUUUGACUCAAUUCUAUGGCGACGCCCUGGUGGUCUUCCAUCACAUUAACGCCUACGAGUCCGACGGCCAUGUGGUCUUCGAUCUAAUCACGUAUGCAGACAGCAAUCUGUACGACAUGUUCUACAUGAAGAACCUGAGACUGGAUACCAGCAGCUUCAUCGAGUCCAACGCCAACUCGUCACCGCCUCGCUGCCAGAGGUUCGUCCUCCCGCUGAACGUCAGCAAGGAUACACCAACAGGAUCCAACUUGGUGACUCUGGGGGACACGACCGCCAAGGCGAUAAUGGAGGACAAUGGCGCAAUCUACUGUGAGCCGGACUCCAUGUUGGAAGGUCUAGAGCUCCCAAACAUCAACUACAAGUUCAACGCAAAGAUGUACCGGUACUUCUACGGGUCCAAAGUGGACUGGUCACCGCAACCCAAUAAGGUCAGGGCGACGGACGCAAGGACACACAAGUGGCGUCACACAACACAAGUACACACGUUUCACCCGCAGAUCAUCAAGUUUGACACGCUGACCAGGACGCACAUCGAGUGGCAACAAGACAACUGCUACCCGUCGGAACCCGUAUUUGUGGCGUCGCCGGGAGCUGUCGACGAAGACGAUGGCAUCAUCUUGUCAUCAGUCAUCUCUCUGGACUCAAACAUCUCACCAUUCAUGCUGGUGCUCAAUGCCAAGACCCUUGUGGAGCUAGCCAGGGCCGCCAUCCCGGUCAGCGUUCACUUGGAUCUUCACGGACAUUACAUCCCCACCGCCAACUGAACGCCAGACGCGGAUUUGGCCAUUUGACAAGAACAUCCGUGAUGCCAUGACCACUUCCAAUUGAUGCCAUCAAACCAAAUCAGUAGAA